AUGGCAAUACAUACAUCGAACAGGCGAUGGGUACUAACGCAGGAUAUGGAAGCACUGGCGAAUCGUGUGAAGCAGUUUGAAGAAGAGGUACUGAAAAUACGUAAGAUACAAACGGACGUUGAAAGACAGAUGAAUAUAAGUACCAGUACCAAUGCUUCGCAGGGCAGUGGCGGCGCAGCCGGCGGUGUUUCUAUUGAGGAUAAGAUCGAGGCAGACAGCAGGUCGAUCUAUGUUGGUAAUCAAUUGAUUAGAAAUGCCUCAGAAAUGCUUCAUCUGGAUAGUUGCACCAAGCUGUAA